CUAAAGCCUACUUUUGUUCUCAAUUAACAAAGAUGGCUUCUUCUUCUUCUUCUGUUCGUUUGUUUGCAACUGCCUCACUCUUGGUGAUGCUCCUCAUAGCCUCUGAGAUGGGAAUAAUGGCUGGUGCUGCUGUGACUCCUGCGAGUCGUCCCAAAAAAUGCGUGAGGAAGAUCUUGAAGUUGAAGGGGUUAUGUCUUCGUGGGAAUCUCAUCAAAUGCAAUAAAGUUUGCAAGUCUGAUAGGUUUGCCGGAGGGAUCUGCCUCCGUUUCGUCUGCAUCUGCAUCAAGGGACGUUGCUAACUACCUUAUCUAAUAUAAUAAUAUUGCUUAGCUUCCUUCAACUUCGAUCAGUCUUAUAUAUAUAGCUAAUAAAUAAAUAAAGGUCGGUCACAAAUAAUAUAAUCCAAAGAUGCAUGCAUGCUGGAGUUUUUCUUUUCUGCUUUGGUAGCAAGCAAGCAAGCUCCGAUCCUCUCAUGUUGUUUGGAUUUGGUUGUUACAUAUAUAUGUAUUAACAUGUUGUGUUUGUGUUUCGUAUUCUUAUCGGAAGUAAUGCAAUUUAUA